AUGGGCCGCUCGGCGUACAACAUCCCCCCGGGCGUCCUCGAAGUCCGCGGCGCGCGCUUCGCGCAUCUGCGGCGGCGUGGGGACACGAUCGCCAUCGACGGCACGCAGUACGAAUACUGCGGCAGCUCGGCCGAGUCGUCCGUCGACCAGCCAGGGCUCGGGCGCACGCUCGGCGUGCUGAUCUCGCGCGUGUCCGCGCCGCUGGAGAUGUUCCUCAGCUACGCGGCGGAGCGGUGGCUCGGGCGCGGGCCGCGCGCGCUGGUGCGGAGGGUUGUGGAGGAGGUGUUUGGGCGGGUGGAGCUGGCGAGGACGGAGCGGAUGGAGUUGUUUUUUGAGUCGUGGGGUGUUAUUUGGAGUCUUGCGGCGGUCCAGGGUCAGCCGAAGCGUGACCCACGAGUCGGGGAACGCAUGAGGCUUCUGAGUAAUUAUAUAGUUGACCGCCGCCAGAGAUUCUCGACGCGCGUCUUGGCAGCGUACUAUCUGACUUUUCUGCUCUCCUACUGGAGACAGCAUACACCGACCUCGGGGGAUCCGCUGUACCGCCUGGUCUUCGACGCCAUGACGGCCGGCGAGGCGCUCGAGGCGUGCCGCGUCCCCGCGGCGGAUGUAGAUGUGGAUGUGGGCCCCGAGUUUGACGUCGUCGAGGUUACCGCGCAGGUGUUCGCGUUGCGGAUGUGGUACAGGGAGGGCGAUCUGUAUUUCGUGCAGACGUGGCACCGGAUGCCGGGCUCGCGAGGGAAGUGGACUGGCCGCUGGGAGGCGCGCUCGGUUUUUCUGAGGUGA